AUAGUCAAUCUCCUUUGAGACUCUUGACACUAUGAUAUUUAUUUAUUUUUCCAGUUGAUAUUAUUGUAAAAAUUCCAAUAUUGUAAAGAUUAAAAGCAUAUUUUCUAUAUUGAUUAUGGGCGAACGUUAUGAUAGUGCGGUGACCAUUUAUUCACCCGAUGGUCAUUUACUGCAAGUGGAAUACGCACAGGAGGCAGUACGCAAAGGAUCCACAGCGGUGGGCUUACGCACUGAUGAUUGCAUUUUGUUGGGUGUGGAAAGAAAGAUGCCUGGUGAUCUCCAGGAAGAGCGUUCAAUACGUAAGAUACGUUUACUUGACGAUCAUGUUAUAAUGACGUUUGCUGGCCUAACAGCCGAUGCUCGCAUAGUGUGUAAUCGUGCCCAAGUGGAGGCUCAAAGUCAUCGUUUGAAUUUUGAACGACCCGUUAGUGUGGACUAUAUGUCACGGUAUGUAGCAGAACUUCAGCAAAAGUAUACACAAAGCAAUGGUUGCCGUCCAUUUGGCAUAUCGUGUUUAAUUGGCGGAUUCGAUGACAAUGGCAAACCGCAUUUAUAUCAAACCGAACCGUCGGGCAUCUGUUAUGAAUGGAUUGCCGCUGCCACAGGGCGUUAUGGUCAAACUGUGCGUGGUUUUAUGGAGAAGCACAGCGAUGGUAUGGGCAAAUCACUCGAUGAGGAAACGGCCAUCAAAGAAGUGAUUCGCACCAUGAUAACAGUCACUCCAAUGGGACAAAGUCAGUUCGAUGUGGCCGUCCUGAAGUAUGAUCAACCAUUGCGUAUGGUGGAUCGUCAAAUUAUAGCCGAUUAUGCUCGGGUGAUCGAAAAACAAAAUGAGCUGGAGGCUCGCCAGGCCCAACAACUCAAUAAUUUGACUCAAUCUUAAAUCCAUUUAUGUUUUGCCCAUUGGCCUAAUACUAAAUGAAACACUGUCUCUUUUUGCUUGUUGUUCUUAGCAAUUUAA